UAUACACACUCGCGUGCUUGCAUGCCAAAAGGCAUGCAAUCCGUUGGAGAUCGAAAGCUCUGAACUUUGCGUUAGGACAUUGAAAUCCAGAAGAAAUGCAAGCAAUUCCCUGCAAUUCCAACAGAAAUACUGUUGGGUUUGCCAAGUUUCUGAAUUUUGCAAGAGCUUUUGAAACUCUAUCGCCACCAACCUUAUCGGACGGUCAUCCGUCCUACGCUUCACUGAUCCAGAGAUGUAGAGAGACAAAAUCCAUAACUGAGCUUGCAAUCAUUCAAACCCAUAUGCUGAAACGCGGGCUUUCUCACCUCGGUUUAGGCAGUAAGCUCGUCGAUGGCUUUCUCAAGUGCGGUAGAAUGAAUUGUGCACGUAAACUGUUCGACGAAAUGCCGCACAGACACGUAGUCACCUGGAACUCCUUGAUUGCUGCUUACGUUAAGCAUAGGCUGAGCGAAGAGGGCGUGAGGCUCUAUGACAGGAUGAUUUUGGAGGGAGUUAUGCCCGACGACUUCACGUUUUCGAGUGUUUUCAAGGCAUUUGCCGAUCUGGGUCUUCUUGUUGAAGGCCGGAGAGCUCAUGGGCUGUCCGUGGUGUUGGGUUUCGAAGUGUCAAGCGUGUUUGUAGGUAGCGCGCUUGUGGAUAUGUAUGCCAAGUUUGGGACCAUGCAGGAAGCUCGUCUGGUCGCCGAUCGAGUUCUCGAAAAAGAUGUUGUUUUGUUUACAGCUUUAAUCGUUGGCUACUCUCAAUGUGGUGAAAAUGGUGAAGCUAUGGUGGUUUUCAGAGAGAUGAUCAGCAAAGGCAUUAAGCCUAAUGAGUAUACUUUUGCAAGCAUCCUGAUAUCGUGUGGGAAUUUGGAGGAUUCGCUUACUGGUAAGUUUAUUCAUUGUGUCACUAUCAAAUCUGGAUUUGAAUCUGCUGUUGCUUCCCAAACUUCACUCCUCACCAUGUAUUCUAAAUGUGGCUUAGUUGAUGAUUCUCUGAAAGUUUUUAAGCACUUUGUUAACCCAAACCAGGUGACCUGGACGUCGCUUGUAGUUGGUCUUGUGCAAAAUGGUAGAGAAGAGAUUGCUUUAUCCAAGUUUCGCGGAAUGAUCCGCAGCUCAGUAAUACCAAACUCUUUCACAUUCUCAAGCGUUCUCUGUGCAUGUUCAAGCCUUGCAAUGCUUGAACAGGGAAAGCAAAUCCAUGCCAUGGUCUUGAAAUUUGGCUUGGGCACAGACAAAUACACAGGCACCGCACUGAUUGACUUGUAUGGGAAAUGUGGGGUUGUAGACAUGGCCAGGUCCGUUUUUGAUGGUCUACUUGAAUUAGAUUUGGCACCUGUAAACACAAUGAUCUAUAGCUUUGCUCAAAAUGGGUUUGGUCAUGAGGCACUGGCAUUGUAUGAGAGGAUGAAAGAGUUGGGCCUUGCACAGAAUGAUCAAACACUGUUGAGUGUUCUGUUGGCGUGUCGCAAUGCAGGGUUGGUUGACGAAGGUCUUGUAAUAUUUGCGUCUGCCAGCUCUAAUCCUUCCAUCAAUCUCACAAACGAACACUAUGCGUGCAUGGUUGAUCUGCUUGGCCGUGCUGGGAGACUUAGAGAGGCCGAAAUGUUAGUAACACGAGUUGAAAAUCCAGAUGUAGUUCUGUGGAGGACACUACUUAGUGCAUGCAGGAUUCAUUGGGAGGUCGACAUGGCAAAAAGAGUCACGAAUAUGGUACUUGAACUUGCACCAAGAGAUGACGGGGCUCAUGUCCUGUUGUCUAAUCUUUUUGCUUCAACUGGUGACUGGAACCGAGUGAUUGAGAUGAAGAGCCUGAUGAGGGAAAUGCGACUGAGGAAGAAUCCUGCAAUGAGUUGGGUUGAUAUUGAUAGGGAGGUUCACACUUUCAUGGCUGGUGAUAGGUCUCACCCAAAUUCCAAUGAGAUUUAUGGAAUGCUAGAGGAAUUGAUUGAGAAGAUCAAGGGCUUGGGAUAUGUCCCAGAUACAAGAUUUGUGUUGCAAGAUUUGGGUGACAAGGAGAAAGAGAGGUCUCUGUAUUGUCAUAGUGAGAAGCUUGCAGUAGCUUUUGCACUAUGGAAGAGCAGUAACAGGGCUACUACUAUUAGGAUUCUGAAGAAUCUGAGAGUCUGUGGGGACUGUCACAAUUGGAUGAAACUUGUAUCAAGAGCUGUGGGAAGAGAGAUAAUUGCCAGAGAUGCGAAGAGAUUCCAUCACUUCAGAGAUGGGAUGUGCUCCUGUGGAGAUUAUUGGUGAACAGUAGACAGUUGAGUGACUAUCGAUUCUCCCUUUUGAGCCACGCAACUAAGUAGCUAGUUUCUUGUCAAUCUAUGCAGAUGCUCAGCCUCUUUAAGAACAGCUGGUUGGUGCACCAAAAUUCAUGGAUUUAUUCGCAGUGGCACCUGCUCAGGUGCUUCUCAGAGUCAGAGAGGUGAUGAUGCCCCAUUAAUAGAAAGGUAUCUAACUUGCUUUGUGUAAACAGAGAGCCUUAAGUGCACUUUAUUAGCCUCCAUAUCACACGAUUCCAUGUUUAGAUAGAGCUCACAAUGCUCAUAUGCCUGUAGGGUCACAAAGUCUUCUAUGUCGACACCCCUAGAAACAUAACAUCGCCAGAACCCUCAAAAUUUAGCAAGGUCAAGUACCUUAAGGUUGCCUACGUGCAUGGCUUCCAACAACUUAUGAGGAUUGCAGAUAAGCCCCACAUUUCAACUGCCAUCUUCAAUGUGUUUAAUUUAAGCUGCUGCUUAUCUGCAUCUAGUUUUUAUGGGGAGCGGACAAAACAAAACCAAACUAGAGGAAUUCAGCUGCCCACCAAAUGAUUUUACCUUUUCAAAGAAGCAGCUGUUCUUUACCUCUUUGAGA